AUGGCACUACCGCUACAGGAACUGAUCUCUCCGCCCCAGGAAGAGACCCCGACAGCGCAGGAGGAGACAUCACUACCGCAGGACGAGCUAUCACUACCUCACCGGGAAGAAACAUCACUAAACAAAGAAGAGAUAUCGCCACCCGAGGAAGAGACAUUGUCGAGACAGCAUCAUGCGCCCAUAGUGAGCGUAGCUGCGAAAGCUCUGGCCGAGAAGAAUAUCCCCGUCGUGGAGUAUGGGGAGCAGAUCCAGUGGCGCUACGGAGACCCUGUGGUCCUUCUGCGCGUGGAGUGGGCAGUCCCCGAUGAACUGCUCUCGCUUGCGUCAGAAAUUCUAUCAGGCCAGGGUUUCCCUUCUGUGUCCCUAUCCACAGGAGCUGUUGCUUACGACGGAGAAUGGGAUCGAGCUUGCACUAUUCACAGGUUGGGCGAGAGGUGUCCGGUAUAUCUCUACCCGCUGUCAUUUGUAGGCCUUGAGCUUCAGGACACCUGCAAAGUCACAUCCACCUUUGACCGCACGCUCAAGAUCUUGACGCCCAAACCCAACAAAUACAUGGUUUCGUUGCUUCGUCAUCUCCUCAACCACCCGCUUGACGAUAGUUUCAGACUUCGAGUAAAAGAUGAUCUACUGUCUUUUAUAUGCUUUUACAUUUUACGUGAAAAGCCGCUGAAUACGAAGGAUGGGGAAUGCGACGACGAUGAGAACGAAGAAGAUUACCAAAACAGAGUCGGAGAAGCAUUGAGGGAAAUGGAAACUUGGGAUUGGGGCGCCGGUGAAAAGGACUAUCUGAGGAUUUCCGAAUCUGUAAUCCGAGACUGUCGGGCUAUUGAUCAGUUAACUAGUUGCUGA